AUGGAUGCAAUCCUUAUGAAAGGUCCGUACUCUAUCCGAAACACUCCUUUGAUGCUUAAAGAAUGGAGACCAGAUUUUAAUUUGAAGCGUGAUAUGCUACGUACCCUACCGCUGUGGUUCACACUUCCCCAAUUACCCUUGCAUCUAUGGGGAGAAAACAACUUGAGUAAGAUUGGUAGUGCUAUUGGUGUCCCUCUGGUCACGAAUGAAUGUACAGCGAACAAACUAAGGAUCUCCUAUGCCAUAAUUUUAGUGGAGGUUGAUAUUACCGAGGAACUGACAAAGGAAGAAGCCAUCAAAGACUGUGAAGGCAGAAAGCUGAUGCAAAAGAUUGAGUAUGAAUGGAAGCCUCUUGUCUGCACUAAGUGUCAACAUGUUGGACACCAAUGUAAAACUGAGAUUACUAAGCAAUGGAAACCCAAGGCUAAGCCACCUGAUGCAGCAGUGGUUGUGACUGAAAACAAGAAGCAAGAAACGGUUAUUGAAGAAAAGAAACAAGAGGUAGUGACUGAAGAAUCUGAUGGAAUCUGGACACAAGUUCCUACAACUAGAGACAGAGGUAAGCAAAUUCUGACUGACCAUACUCCUAGUCUAAACUGUGAAAAUGGUUUUGAGGCACUUGGGAUUUUGAAUGACCUCAUAGUGACCUUAGAUAGGGGGCCAUGCAUUAUGAUUCUUAUUGAAACUCGGGUUAAAAGUGCAAAAGCUAGUAGUAUUAGAAAUAAGCUGAAGCUUUAUGAGAACUACAUUGAUAACUAUAAGUACCACAACAAUGGAAGAAUCUGGAUCACUUGGGAUAAUAGAACUGUGGAUCUUAAAGAGGUCUCUUCUUCUGAGCAGUUUAUCCACUAUGUUGUUCACAAUAGUCAGGGUGAUUUCAUGUACUGGCUCAGUACUGUGUAUGGACUUAAUCAGUUGGAGAAAAGGAAGAAACUCUGGAAAGAUCUUCUUAACCUCAAACCUAAUCAAAACACUCCUUGGUGUGCUAUUGGAGAUUACAACAAUGUGGCUCAAGCUUAA